UUUUUAAAUUUCCCCUCUGAAAUAAGCAUUCCCAUGUAGGCACAAGUUUGAAAGGUGACCAGGCACUGAUUUGCCCUGCUAGUACUGACUCCAUCUUGAGGUCUAAGUAGGAGCUUUGUUACGCAAUGCAACUAUGUAUGUCAGUUAUUCAAGGUACCACAAAUCUUUUCUCACAAAUUAGUGGUUACUCUUCAGAUUAAUCACAGAACAGUUCUCAAAUGGUGACUUUGUUAGAUUGCAUUAAAACGUUUAUCUUCAUCCAACAACUUCCAUUCCGCAUAAGGAAAUGUAAACUGAAUCUGGUUUGUGACCAGACUGACUUUUAUGUUUUGUUUAAUCCAUAUAAUUUGUCUCCAUGCAUAAUUGGUUGACGAUUUAUAUAGCUGUUUAAUAUACUCUAUAUAUGGACCUCCAUUAAUCCUGCGAUAGAGCUGCUUGAAUGUGAGAGUGCAAUGUUUGAGACUUUAAUCCUUCGUGCUGCAGCCUCUUGUAAGGAAGCUUAAGAUUGUUUUGAUCUGUGUUGAGUAACUAACUGCUCUGUCUGCAGACCCAGCCUGAAUGCUGGUUCAGUCAGCUGCAGGAUUAUCCUGCUCUCACAGCGUGCAGCCCAAACAGACCUCUGAGACACAGCUGAGAGCAGCCAUGGCCGACAGGACCCAGGAAGAAAAAGUGCUGCAGCAGAUUGAGAGAGAGGUGCGAAUGCAGGAGGGGGCCUAUAAACUUCUAGCUGCUUGUUCCCAGAGAGAUCAGGCCCUGGAGGCCUCCAAGAGUCUGAUAACCUGCAAUGCCCGCAUCCUGGCUCUGCUCAGCCAACUACAGAGGAUGAGGAAAACACAAAUCCUGGAGAGAGUGGGGCACAGCACAUCUGAAGAUGUGGUGCCAUGUACUGGAAAAGUGUCACUUUCCGACCUGCGAAUCCCCCUCAUGUGGAAAGACUCAGAGUACUUCAAAAACAAGGGAGAGCUGCAUCGCUGUGCUGUGUUCUGCCUGCUUCAGUGCGGCACAGAGAUCUAUGACACUGAUCUGGUGAUGGUGGACAGGACGUUGACCGACAUCUGUUUUGAAGACAUAAUCAUAUUCAAUAAGGUGGGUCCAGGUUUCCAGCUUCGAGCUGAGCUGUACAGCAGCUCUGCGGUGGAGGAUUUCUCUACGGCAGCACCCAGGAAAAUGAGCUUCCUGGGAGGCUCCUUGGGAUGCUCUUCUGGGAAAAAGAUCCGAGCUGCGUUUGAGUCUGCGGCUGCAUGCGGCGGCUACGUUUCCUCUGCUGGAGGGAACAUAAGACCUGGACAUGUUUCACCUCCUUUACCUAAUCAGUUAGCACUGGGACCAAAGUAUAACCUGUUGGCUCACACAACACUGAGCAUUGAACAUGUCAGAGAGGGUUUCAAAACACACGAUUUGACGCUUUCAGUAACAGAGGAUAGUCCAUACUGGUUGCCUCUGUAUGGAAACAUGUGCUGUCGCUUAGUUGCUCAGCCUUUAUGCAUAAUUCAAACAGUAAUAAGCGGCACACUUAAGUUCAAGCUCGAGGAGGACGUAGAUCAUUGGGAAAACUUCUAUUGUGUUCUCAUUGGCCAAACUCUUCUCUGUUAUCGAUGUCAAGAAGACUUGGAGUCUGAGGGCAAGCCAUUGCUUGUAAUCCCUAUCACAAAGGAUACCAGAGUGUGCAUGUCUGAAGGAGAUCCUGUCCAUGGGCAGCAGAUUGUUAUUACCAUGCAGCCUCACAGAGAAAAUAUGACCUACACCGCUACCACCCAGAAUACUGAAGACUUGCAUAGCUGGAAUAAGGCCCUCUGGCAACAUGUCAGUAACAUGAUCCAGUGGAAGCAAUGCAGCGAUGAGGUGAUGAAGAUUGAAAUGCCGAGGCCCAGAAAAUCCAAUACGGUGAAGCAGGGAUCUCUUUAUCAUGAAAUAGAAAUCUGACCUGGUGAGCACCUUGUCUUGGCUGGCUUGUGGUGAAAUAAUGUUCUUUCCAGUUUUGAAUGAUUGCCCCAAUAGUGCUCAAUGGGACAAUAAGACAAUAGAACAAUAAAAUGUUUAGAAAUACAUCUACAAAGUGUAAUACAGUGUAAUAAUAAGGUUGUGAACCUGUUGUGAGGUAUUUGCUUUUACCCAUCAUCUUGUAUUUGUUGUAUGAUACCUUGGUAAUGAGAAAUCUUUUUUAAAUUGUACUUUCUUUGCUUUCAAUGCCUUUCCUUUAUGUAUAUAUAUAAAAGCUUAUUCCCUACAGCCAUUCUUACACAUCAUAUAAUUUAUUGACUUAUACUUUUUAAAUGCAUGGAUUUAUAGGGUUGUUGUCAUCAGAUAAUAUCAAAAAACUAAUAAUUUUGUUUUUAUAUGAUACAAAAUACAUCUAAUAUGUAUUAAAUAGAAAUAUAUUUAGUGAGGAAAACCAUUAAGUUCCACAAGUUCAAUACUAAAGUACUAUUAUAACAUUUAUAUAAAAAAAAAUGCAUCAGUCAAACAUAAAAAAAAAAACACUGUCUAGUCUGUCUAUUUGGUUUAUAUCUCUUGCAUGAAGUUGUGUCUGUGUUCAUUGAAAUAUGUGGUGUAAGCUUGAGAAAGAUAUGUAUGUCAGCCCUGUGGACAUCCUUUCAAAUGCUUAAACUAUUCUCACUGGAUGUAAACAGGUGAAUGUAAUGAAUGACAGUACAAUGCCUGUCAAAGUCUGUAUAUGGCCGUUUAUCUCCCAGACCCUACUAUUGGGUUAUUCCUAACGAACAUGAAAACACAUCACCAAAUCUAACACAGAAAUAGAAGUGUUAUUAGCUUGGAAGACAAAGACUUGCUCCACAUGGUUUCUGCUUCUAAUGAUUUAAAGCUCCAUUCACCUGAAAGAAACUAGAUGUACAACAAAUGUUGUGAGAUUUGUGAUAAACAAUAUCUUUGUGAUGUCAGCAAACAAUCUGCACGCUAUAUUCAGAGUCUUCGGUUAAAUUAAAGGGAGUGUCACUGCUGCCUGCAUGUUAUUGUCUCACCACAGAUCUAGGCACAGUAUCAAUCUGAAUGAGAUGGUAGUAAUUAAAGCAGGAUAGUAACAUAACCGGUUGCACGUGUAAUGCAGGUGUUCAGACAAUAAAAUAAAUGAUUGUUUAAUUCAUGGGAAUUUCUCCUUAACACAAGUAAAACUUGUGCCUGCCAACAGUUCAGAAAUGCUUCCAUGAUAUGUGAAGGAAUGGAAGAAAUGAGUUUUUAGGUUCAGUAGCAAUGGAUAUAGAAAUAUAUUUUAAUGAGCCUAUACAUCACCAAAAGUCUUUUUGUUUUGUAAUUAUAUUGUUUGUAUUGCUUUUUAAAUAAAAAAUGUUGUUAUUCUGAA